GGCGCCGCCUCCGCGGCGACCUGGGCGGCUCCGCGGACCCCGGGCCGCGGCCGGGCGCGCCUUGAGCCUCCGCGGCCAGAGCCCGGCCAUGCGGCCGCCGCCGCUGCUGUGGCUGCUGCUCCAUCUCGGCGCCGCGGCUCCCACGGCAGACUCUCCUUCCCAGCUGCCUGCCCCUCAAAACCCGAAGAUCCGCCUGUACAACGCCGAGCAGGUUCUGAGCUGGGAGCCCGUGUCCCUGAGCAGCGACGAGGGGCCGGUGGUGUACCGAGUGCAGUUCAAAUACCCCACCAGCAGUAACUGGUUCGACCUCGCACCGUUGGGCUCCCGCGGGGUGAACUGCUUCAAGAUCACCGAGACCCAGUGCAACCUCGCCCCAGCCGGCCAGGCCGCGGCCUUCCAGCCGGAGCACAACGUCUCCCUGCGCGUGCGCGCCGAGCUGCGCGAGCGCACUUCGGCCUGGGCGGCGGUGCCGUGGUUCCAGCGCUACCUGAACGUGACCAUCGGACCUCCAGAGAACAUCCGGGUGAUCCCGGGACAAGGCUCCCUCACCAUCAGCUUCUCCCCACCCUUCCACGUCACGCCCCCCACGGCCUACUUUUUGUAUUGUGUCCAUUACUGGGAAAAGGGAGGACCCCCACAGGUUAAAGACCACUUGGAGAACAAAUUAAUUGAGCUGAAAGACUUGAAGCCUUUACGAGUGUACUGUUUACAAGUAAAGGCCUCGCUGGUUUGGAAUUCGGGAGGGACUCCUAGACAAGGCCUCUUCAGCAACGUGUCUUGUCACGAAACAGCAGCAGACGCCUCCACCAAGCUACAGGAGGUCGCCCUGAUCGCCGUGGGGACCUUCCUGUCCCUGACGGGGCUGGCGGGGGCCUGCGUCUUCCUGACCCUGAGGUACAGAGGCCUGAUCAAGCACUGGCUCCGCACCCCACCAGACGUCCCCGUCCAAAUAAGAGAUUAUUUAAAGAACCCGGAGCAGCCCGUCCUGGAGGCCCUGGACCGCGACAGCUCGCCCAAGGAGGACACCUGGGACGCCGUGUCCGUCCUGGAGGCUCCUGAGGAGCAGAAGAUGCUCCCGGGGACUCGGCACCAAAGCCCCGGCUGUCCCCAGCCCGAGGGAGCAGACUCGGAGCUGUGACGAUGCUGCUGUCCCGUCGGGACAAUCAGAGCCUGGGACCCCAGGCCCCGCUGCACAACGGCCGACCGUGCCCCUGAGGCGGGAGGGUCUCAUGGGGGAAGCAACUUUAUUCUUUCUUUAGGAAUUUUCUAAUCAUGUGAUUUUCUCAGAUGAUUCUACAGAAAAAUUAAGAUUUCUCCUGAACACUAAAAAGACAUGUAAUUAUUUCUUAGCAAAACGGCUCUGGGACCCCUGAUGCGCUUUCUGUUCAUCGCUGGUCUUCCCCACCAGGUCACAAACCUGGCCUGUCCCCACAAGGGACACAGGUGGUCCGUCACGUUCGGUCUCCUGACUUAAAAUGUGAUCACCCCUGUAAAUACUUUCCUAGUAAUUUAAGGUUUUGGUUUGUUUUUUUCAAACUAUGAAUAAAGGACUGUAAUUGUUAAAA